UGCCGGCUCCGGGCAGUUCUGAACUAAACACGUGCUUGGGCGGGAAAAGUAUAUACUUACUCUCUUCCAGAACGUCCACAGCAGACAAUAGAAAAGUCCGUCGCUUGUGCGACACAUGAGCUAAAAAGUAUACUAUUAGGUACCUACUUAUUGGAGGACGAAUAAUCAUAAAUAUCCUAUCGUGUUGUUGGUGCAGUAUUAUUAAUCGAAAGAGAGUUUAAGUGUCGGCAAAAUGUCGAGCCCCAUACAAUCUCCACGAACACCGACAAGAAGUACCAGGCAGGCGGUUCAAAGAUCGUCUCCGAGCGUCCGGAGUUCGCCCAGACUACGCAACACCAACGGUGGUUCGUCGCCUAGGCAAAAUGGCACACCAGGCAAUAGACGAGGAACUGUCAAUGGAUCCACCGACACCCCUAUGCGUUGGGGAAAUAAUCGCAACAGAAAUGAAGAGUUGAUCGCCGCUUCAUCGGAGGGCCCGUCAUCCGCGGCUCCGGCUUCGUCACCUAACCGGCUGCUCAUGACAAGUCCCGUUCCUCAGGGACUGACGGAAAUCGAUUUGUCCUCGCCUUUGAAUUACGGGACACCGAGUUCCAUGGGCUCCGUCCGCACACCUAGAAGUGGAAUCAGAGGGACUCCGAGACGUCUGAGGCUUGACAUCAGAGGUGACAAGAGAAUGCGGCAGUUCAACAUUGGCGAGCCUAUUCCAGAAGAAGGAGCUGUUGCUGUCGCACAGUCGUCUGAAAGUGAAAACUUGGCGGGUCCCCAGCUUGUUAUAUGGGGAACGAAUGUCAAUGUUAACCGCUGCAAGGACCAGUUCAAGAGAUUUAUCCAGAGGUUUAUCGAUCCAGGAGCAGAAAACGAUGAACUGCCAGAAAGCAUGAACGUUACUGAACCCCUUUACAUGCAGCAUCUCAAUGAUAUCCAUACUCUAGAAGAAUUAUUUUUAAACAUCAACUGUCAGCAUCUGAAAGACUUUGAUGAACAAUUGUACAAACAGCUCAUCUCUUACCCUCAGGAAGUUAUACCGACAAUGGACAUGGCUGUGAAUGAAAUGUUCUUUGAAAAGUUUCCAGCUGCUGUUUUAGAUCAUCAAAUACAAGUCAGGCCCUACAAUGUUACUCAAACUAAAAGCAUGCGCAAUCUGAAUCCUGAAGACAUCGAUCAAUUGAUUACUAUCAAUGGAAUGGUCAUUAGAACUUCAAAUAUAAUUCCUGAAAUGAGGGAGGCUUUCUUCAAAUGUAUCGUGUGUAAUUUGACGACUAUGGUGGAAAUCGAUAGGGGUCGUAUCAGUGAACCAACAGUUUGCACUAAUUGCAACAAUAACUACUGUUUUUCUUUGAUCCACAAUCUCAGUCACUAUACAGAUAAACAAAUGAUCAAGUUGCAAGAAUCGCCUGAUGAUAUGCCUGCGGGAGAGACACCACACACAAUUGUACUCUAUGCUCAUAACGAUUUGGUUGAUAAAGUCUCUGCUGGUGAUAGAGUUUCUGUAACCGGAAUUUUUAGAUCCCAGACCAUUCAAAUUAAUCCAAGAGCUUCUACAAUACUUGCCGUGUAUAAAACUCACAUUGAUGUUGUCCAUUUUAGAAAACACGAUUCCAAAAAGCUGUAUGAUGUUACUGAAGACAGUGAACAUAACUUCCCGCCGGAGAGACUUGAACUUAUCAGGUCAUUAUCAAUGAAAAAAGACGUAUAUGAAAGACUUGCAAGAAAUAUUGCACCCAGUAUUUAUGAAAAUCUUGACAUUAAGAAGGGCAUUUUGUUGCAAUUGUUUGGAGGAACCAAAAAAACUCAUCACGUUUCUGGCAGGACUCAUUUUAGAUCUGAAAUUAAUAUUUUACUUUGCGGUGAUCCUGGCACAAGUAAAUCUCAAUUGUUACAGUUUGUUUUCAAUCUAGUUCCUCGUUCUCAGUACAGUAGUGGAAAAGGUUCUAGUGCCGUUGGUUUGACGGCUUACGUGACAAAAGAUCCCGAAACUCGACAAUUGGUUUUACAAACUGGAGCACUUGUACUUGCUGACAAUGGUAUUUGUUGCAUCGAUGAAUUUGAUAAAAUGAAUGACAGUACAAGGUCUGUUCUUCACGAGGUCAUGGAACAACAAACUCUGAGUAUUGCCAAGGCUGGAAUUAUUUGCCAGUUGAAUGCUAGAACAAGCGUUUUAGCAGCCGCAAAUCCUGUAGAAUCUCAGUGGGAUUGCAGAAAAACUGUAAUUGAAAACAUAAUGCUCCCUCCCACACUUAUUUCCCGUUUCGAUUUAAUCUUUUUAAUGUUGGAUCCGCAAGACGAACGGUUUGACAUGAGAUUGGGUCGUCAUUUAGUAACUUUGUUUUAUGAAAAUGAGAUAGAGGAAGUGGAUGAUUUAAUUGAUAUGAGCAUAUUACGUGAUUAUAUUGCUUAUGCGAAAGAACACUGUCAUCCAGUUCUUAGCGAAGAAGCUCAGCAAAGGCUGGUCCAAGCUUAUGUUGACAUGCGGCGCGUUGGAAGCGGUCAUGGGCAAAUCACUGCUUAUCCCCGUCAACUCGAAUCGCUCAUUCGUCUUGCCGAAGCUCAUGCCAAAAUUCGACUCAGUAACAAAGUCGAGAUGAAAGAUGUAGAAGAAGCGUGGAGACUGCAUCGUGAAGCUUUAAAACAAUCGGCGACUGAUCCUCUUACGGGCAAGAUCGAUGUCAAUAUUCUGACAACUGGUCUAUCCGUAUCUGCUAAGCAACGAAUGGCUCAAUUAAGAGAUUCAUUGAAAAAGUUGAUUGACUCAAAAAAGGUUGCUACUAUUAAUUAUCAAAAAUUGUUUAGUGAUUUUAGAGAUGCCAGUGAUAUUUAUAUAACUCGAGACAUGUUUGAAGAUACCCUUAAAAUGUUAGUGGAUGACGAACAAAUACGAAUCAAGAGUAAAAAUACUAUUGUAAUUUGUUCACAUACCACCUAAGAAAAACGAAAAAGUGCCUUAUAUAAAUUUAUAUUAAAAUUUUUGUAAUUUCUA